AUGAAGCUCCUGCUCCUGGUCUUUGCAGCCCUCAGAUUCCUGGUGACUCCAGCCAGUGCGGGCGGGACACGCUGUGGGCGGACGCUGCCAGGACACUGCAGGCUGUACUGCGGCUUCCUUGAAAGACCUCUAUUCAUGUGUGACAGGUACAGACAAUGUUGUGUCAAGGACAGCGUCAUGAUGCCAAGGCCCAUCUUGCCCCCAUCUGUCCAGAAAUCUAAGCACCCAUGCAGAAAAAACACAAAAAGCCAAAACAAGAAGCCAGAAAUGCACACGACACCAAAACCACUAGGGUCUCCAAAGACUCAGAGAAUUAUCACCACUCCGAGAAGCUGA